GCCCAGUGGAGCAACUGUGCUUGUGAAAGAGAGGAAAAGAACGAGAAAGAGCAACAGAGUGCAAAUUACCGAGAAAGAGAGAGAAAGAAGAAACAGGCAGAGAGAUAAAGAGCUGGAGCAUGUAAGCCCAUAUUAGGGGGACCUCUUUAAGGACUUCUGCAAAGUGAGAGUUUUCUUAGUUUGAAUGGGAAAAGAUAAAGGUGGAACAUGGGACUUUAUUUAUGAAGCUCAUGGAAACCACACAGACCCCUGUUUCUAUGAACUCUUCUGCACUGGUGAACAUUACCGGCUCACCCACCUACCCUGAGCUACACAUGGUCCUGUUGGGCAUCGCCAUGUCCAUACUGGUCCUGGCCAUCGUCUUUGGCAAUGUGCUGGUGAUCUUAGCCAUAGCCCGUUUUCAGAGGCUUCAGAAUGUCACCAACUGCUUCAUCAUGUCACUGGCCUGCGCCGACCUGAUCAUGGGACUGGUGGUAGUGCCCUUUGGUGCCAUCUACAUCGUUCGCAACACGUGGCACUUCAAAAGGUUCUGGUGUGACUUCUGGACUGCCACUGAUGUGCUCUGUGUGACAGCCAGCAUUGAUACGCUCUGUGUGAUCGCCCUGGACCGGUACUUGGCCAUCACGUCGCCUUUCCGUUACCAGUCCCUGCUGACCAAGUGCAAGGCUCGAGUCGUGGUUCUGCUAGUGUGGACUAUAGGCGGGCUCAUCUCCUAUCUGCCCAUUUAUUUGCAGUGGUGGAUCUCUGAUGACAUCGUGGCAGAGCGGUGCUAUAACAACACCACCUGCUGCGAGUUCCACACCAACCGCACCUACGCCAUCACCUCCUCCAUCAUCUCCUUCUACAUCCCCCUGGUGAUCAUGGUGUUCGUCUACAGCCGCGUCUUCCAGGAGGCCAGGAAGCAGCUGAAGAAAAUAGUGAAGACCGAAGGCCGCUUCCACCACGAUGGCGGACAGCAGGAUAUGUGCAGCAGAACUAGAGCAGAUGGCGGCGAGACCCGGGUCACCAAAAAGCCCAAGUUCUGCCUGAAGGAGCACAAGGCUCUAAAGACUCUGGGCAUCAUCAUGGGCAUCUUCACCCUCUGCUGGCUCCCGUUCUUUGUGCUCAACGUGGUGGUGAGCGUCCGCGAGGUGGAGGACAUAAAGGUGCUUUUCCGAAUCCUAAACUGGAUCGGAUAUGCCAACUCGGCCUUCAACCCGCUCAUCUACUGCAGAAGCCCAGAAUUCCGCUACGCCUUUAAGGAGAUCCUGGGCAUGAACAGGGCACACCACCCCAACAAGAAGCCGUGCAACGGGUGCGGGUACAGCGGGCACAGCUGGCAGAGUGAACAGCAGGCACGGAGCAAGUGCUGCUCGGAAGACAGUGACCUGGCUCAUGGGAAACCAGAGAAAAAGGAAUGCGCGUCCACGGACCGGACCGACUCAAACGGAAACUGCAGUACAUCCAUCACAAACGUACCGUGAGUCACCUUUAAAAGCCCCAACACAUUCCACUGAAUCUGCUUUGCUAAAUGUCCAAGGCAAAUACAAGGCUCCACAUCAACAGGUCCUCCUGGUGAGUGGACAUGGGGCGAGGGUGGAGCCGGAGACAUUUCAGGGUGGAGAGUCUACACCUUUUCAGUUUUAGGUUUUUCAAAUUUUUUCUUCUAUCAUCUACCUCACUGAAUAUUUCUCUCCUGUUUUCAUAUGUUGUGUUUUAUUGUUUGUGUUACACUAUUCCACGACAUAAAUCAAGAGAAGAGCAGAGGGAGCCGAGUCUGGUAUCCAGUGUGCAUAAAUGAUAAUAAUAAUAAUAAUAAUAAUAAUAAUAAUAAUAACAAUAAUAGGCUUUAUGUGGUCAAACAGAUAUUAGUGGUUAGGGAUGUCGUCCACAGGCUGUUGCUGUCUUUAACCCUUCUGUAGCUCCUCCUUAUUGAGUCACAUUCUAUGGAAGUCUGCAGAAUAAGCAAAUGUAUUAAGCAGCUCAUCAUUUUUGCUUUAUUUUUCAUUUUGAAAUAUUUCAAAGGAAACAGUCUGUUGUAGAGUACUGUUGGGUUUUUUGUUGUUGUUUGUUUGUUUGUUUGUUGUUUAUUAUCUGCUGUUGUUUGACUAAAGAAGCAUUUUGAAUACCAAACUGAUCUUUCAUUGCUCAUAAGUGAUAUGAGGACCAGCUGAUCCAGAAUCAGCCCUUAAGCCAACCCUGGGUCAGUCCUCAAGCAGACCUGGAGUCAGCCCAUAAGAUGACCUGGGGUCAUGCAAUAAGCUUAAGGCCAAUGCCUGUGUAUUACCAACAAAACAUUUUUCAGCUCUCAAAUACAGUGCAGUAGUAACUGGUCACUGAUACAAGAUUUUACUUUGUACUCCAGUCUGUAGUUUUUCAAUAAAAAACAUAUCUGUGAGGGUAAAGUACAAAAUGUCCUCUUUUAUU